AUGACAAUCAGUAACAGCCCUGAUAAGUUCCUUGGAAUACAAAUUAAAAGACAGCAUGGAAUAUUGUUUUUGAAUCAAGAAAGUUAUGUGAAGAAAAUUUUGGAGAAAUUCAGAAUGGAAGAUGCGAAACCAGUUACUACACCUAUGGAAGUUGUGACUGAUGAUGAAUCAAACGAUCAAAUCAAAAUUAAAUAUCCUUACCUAGAACUUAUUGGAAAUCUGAUGUACUUAACUAACAAAACCAGACCGGACAUUUCAUAUGCAGUCAACUUUUGCAGUAGAAGAAUGGAAGAACCUAAAACCAGAGAUGUGAAAAACUUGAAAAGAAUUUUGAUAUAUUUAGUGUCAUCAAAAGAAGAUGGGAUAUGUUUCCGGAAAACCAGUGAGUGUGAAAAGCUUAUUGCCUAUUGUGAUGCGGACUUCGCUGGAGAUGUUUAG